UACCCCCAACAACAUUCACAAACUUGCCUCAAUUUGAACAACAUCAAUAUAUAUCCUUCCCAAAACUAAGCAACCACACCCCCCCUCUCAUUAGUUAUAAAGGGAGACUGCGAGGGGUGUAGGGGAAGCAGCAGCAGCAGUAGUGAUAGAUAUAUAUAUGAAAACUAUGGAGUUUGGUUGGAUAUUGUGGUUGGUGAUGGUGUUCAUGUGCAGCUUUUGUGCUGUAUUCGUGGCAGUGAAAUGGGUGCUCAAGAAUGUAAAUAAGUGGCUCCACGAGACCCAGUUGGGGGAGAAACAGUACUCUCUUCCACCUGGUGAUUUGGGUUGGCCUUUCCUCGGCAACAUGCCCUCCUUCCUCCGCUCCUUCAAGUCCAACCAUCCUGAGUCCUUCAUCUCCUCCUAUGUUUCCAGAUUUGGACGUACUGGUAUGUACAAGGCUUUCAUGUUUGGGAGACCCAGCGUGAUAGUUACAACACCUGAAGCAUGCAGGAGAGUUUUGACAGAUGAUGUUUGCUUUAAGCCAGGUUGGCCUCAAUCCACCGUUCAACUCAUUGGAAACAAGUCAUUUAUCGGAAUUUCCUAUGAAGAACAUAAGCGUCUCCGGCGGUUAACAGCUGCUUCGGUCAAUGGCUAUGAGGCAUUGUCCACGUAUGCUAAAUAUAUCGAAGAAAAUGUCGUGUCUUCCUUGAACAAGUGGACAACAAUGGGAGAAAUUGAGUUUCUGACCCAGCUUCGGAAGCUUACUUUUAGGAUAAUUGUGUACAUUUUUCUUAGCUCUGAGAGUGAGCCUGUGAUGGAUGCUUUGGAGAGGCAAUACACAACUCUUAACUAUGGAAUUCGAGCCAUGGCAAUUAAUCUUCCAGGAUUUGCUUACCAUAAAGCACUCAAGGCUCGGAAGAAGCUCGUGGCUACAUUUCAAUCUGUUGUUGAUGAGAGGAGAAAUCAAAGGAAGGAGUUUCAUGUCUUGCCAAAGAAGAAAGAUAUGAUGGAUGCUUUGCUGGAUGUUGCAGAUGAAAAUGGCAGAAAAUUAUCCGACGAGGAAAUCAUAGAUAUUAUGUUGAUGUACUUGAAUGCAGGUCAUGAAUCUUCAGGACAUACAGCAAUGUGGGCAGCCAUUUUCCUGGAACAGCGCCCAGAAUUUCUUCAAAAAGCUAAGGCAGAGCAAGAGGAAAUCGUAAAGAGGAGGCCACCGGGGCAGAGUGGGUUGACUCUGAAAGAAAUUAGAGAAAUGAAGUAUCUUUCCAAGGUGAUCGACGAAACCCUUCGCGUGAUAACAUUUGCACCGACUGUUUUCCGAGAGGCAAAAACUGACGUCAACAUAAGUGGUUAUACCAUUCCCAAAGGUUGGAAAGUCCUUGUCUGGUUUAGAAGUGUUCACCUGGAUCCUGAAACUUACGAGAAUCCAAUGGAAUUUAAUCCUUCCAGAUGGGAGAAUUAUACACCCAAAGCUGGAACCUUCCUUCCCUUUGGAGCAGGAAGCAGGUUGUGCCCUGGAAAUGAUCUUGCUAAGCUGGAAAUCUCCAUUUUCCUUCACCAUUUUCUCCUUCAUUAUCAGCUGGAACGGGUUAACCCGGGAAGCCCAGUGAUGUACUUGCCACAUACCAGGCCCAUUGAUAAUUGCUUGGCAAGACUCAAGAAAUGCCCCACUUCAUCUGCAUAAAGGAGAAAGGAAGUGGAAG